AAUAUUUCUGUAGUUUGAAUCAAGUAGUAAUAGGAAGUAAACGUUAGUCAUGAAGUUGUUGGUUGUGCUAGCCCUGUUAGCUGUAGCCUUCGCGCGCCCUGACGACGGAUUUUACGACACUAAAUAUGAGUCCUUUGACGUAAAAGAACUCAUUGGCAACAUUCGCCUAUUGAAAGCCUACGUCCUGUGUUUCCAGUCGAAAGGAAAAUGUACACCGGAGGGAACGGACAUUAAAAAGUGGAUUCCAGAAGCACUAGACUCUGAAUGCGCCAAAUGCACUGAGAAACAAAAGUCACUCGUCGCCGAAGUACUGAAGGCCAUCAUGGAGCUACUUCCCGCGGAGUGGGAGGAGUUGGUUAAAAUCUACAACGCCAAUGGACAAAGUCUUGAAGUUCUUGCAGCAUUCAUUAACAAAUACGCCCCAAAAUAAAGAUGUUUCCAAGUAAAUAACAAAUACAAUAUUUCUCAACUCAAGAAUAAAAUGAUUUAAUUACA